AAAACUCACUAUAACUGUAGCCCACGAGAAAUCGGAAGGAGAAAUCUGAACGGCUUCGAAAAUCUGUAUCAAAAUGAAAUUGAUGUUCUUGUUUGCGCUAGCUGCGUUUGUUUCGUUUUCACAUGUGAUCGUAGAGGCGUCGUGUCCUACCAUAACGUUUCCAUGUGAUCGCAUCCCAGACGUCUGUGACAAUAUGAGAGACGCCAUUAAUAGCGGCAAACCUUCAACCCUGAACCGCAUCACAAACCCAACGGAAAUUGCAAAGAAUAGACGUGACUCUGGCUGCCCAAACUUAAUAAGAGUACCAGGCGAAAAUUGCGACGAAUACCCGUUUGCUUCAAGCCGACAAGGUGGAAGAGGUGCUGCAAUAAGGAAUGUUCCCAAAAGACAAAACAGUAUUCAAGGUGGAUUAUUGGGAAGUUUCUACAAGGAUAAGAAUAUUGGAGAUGGUGAUUGUUACACAGUCGCCCUUAGUCGAAGUUGGUCCAUAAAUAUUUCUUUAAAUCUUUGGCUUAUUUUGGCUUUGACCCUUCAAACUUUUCUUUGGAAUUGAAUA